UUCGUUGCAUUCUUUUCCAAACUCCCAAAGAAAUCUCCUGAAACUGGAACGAUCCGUCUAUUUGAUCGCACAGACUACUACUCUGUCCACGGGCAGGAUGCUCACUAUGUCGCAACACACGUCUUUUGUAUCAACUCCGUCCUCGAGUAUCUAGGUGCUGGAGGCAAGGCUUGUGGUCUUCCGAGCGUCACGCUCAGCCACACCCUGGCACACUCGUUUUUGCGAGAUGCCAUCAUAUCUAAACAGCUGCGCGUAGAAAUCUGGCCAAUGCCUGGGCAGGGAAGGAAAGCUUCCAAGUAA